AUGGCAAAUUCCUCAGACGAAGAGGCUGAUUCACGCACAGCCCUGGUGGGCGCACCGCGCACUCGAUCGAAUCCGCGUUCCACCUCGCGCUCCGCAUCGCACGACAGCACCCGCCCAGCCAAGCGACAACGCCGCAACAGAAAUAAAAAGGACUCAGAUCUAACUGACUUUGUUCCAAAAGGUGUUGCAUUCAGCGCUACCCCCUUGCCAGUGGAUCAAGACAGUACAUCUAGCUCUGGAUCUAGUUCAGCAUCAAGUGAAGAUUCCGAUUCCGAUGCGGACCCAACUACUACCGCAAACCCGCACGCAGGCAACACCGCGCCCGCAAUUAGCUGGAAUCAGGGUCGGAAGGCUGCAGUUCGCACAACACUGGGGAAACGAUCAGCGCCAACAAACGAGAAGCCUACUCAAUUUGAAGCGGUGAAUGAUAAAUAUUGGCGCAGUCGCAGUGAAUCUGUCGCAUCGGCCAAUGGCAAAGAAAAGCCCACAGCAAACGACCAACCCGAAAGUGAUGACGAACUGGAAGAUGGAGAAAUUGACUCUAAGAGUGACACAGAUGAUUCAGAUUCUCUUGGUUCUGAGGCCGAUGACUCUAUCCUGCUGAACAUAGGAGACAAGAUGGGAAUGGAUGGUGCCAAUGACUACGACCCUGCGACUCUGGCUCAUCAGCAUGCUUCCAAGACUGGAGAAUCAAUUAUGAAAGGUGGUGCUACACAAUCCGGACCCGGGUCGAAAGAGGAGGCAUUCCAGCUUUUCUCAAGCAAAUAUCCCAAUGCGCCUACUGCUUUGGUGGACCUAAGCCAGACGGACCUCGAGGUCCUGGCCAAGUACGUGUACUUCGAUCGCAGCAUCCAUGAUCUGGACCUCAAGCUUCCUAUCUCUUGCCUCGAAUGUCAAAGUGAGGGCCAUCUGGCCGACGUCUGCCCAACAAAAGAGCUACAAAGUGUGAACACUGCGGUGCCUGGAACCAGCAUCAAAGCAGUACUUGCCCCGACUGGCGACGAUGCCAAAGAUGCCGCGAACGUGGCCACGACGAGCCGCAAUGCAGCGCAAAGCUACGCAAUUUCGCAUACGAAGUGCCCUGUGACUACUGUGGCAAUGAGCAUCUGGAAUCCGAAUGCGAUUGUCUAUGGAAGUUCCCAUGCGAAACAUCUUGUAGCAGACUGCCCAGCUGUCAACUUGCGUGUAGCAACUACCUCGUCAUUUACUCUGAAGGGUAUCGACCCAGACAUGAUCACGAACCUCAAUACCGUCAUCCCCGCUCGAGAGAGCCGCCCACCAAGCCGAGGUCAAUCCCGCGGAAGAGCCAGGGAAUGGUCUCGACCUCCCUCCCCAGACGACGAUGACAUGAUGUCUCGCGUAUCCCGAGGCCGAGGACGCCCCUCCCCUGCUCCUCGUGGCAAUAUCCGCGAGGGCCUUCCCGAGGUCGUGCAACCUUCUCUGGAAACAACAACCGCCAGCGCUCACCCAAUCCGCCCCUUCCGCGGGGCCCUCCACCACGAGGCGGUGGCGGUGGCCGAAACCGUGGACCACAACGAGGAGGAGGAUUCUCACGAGGACCACGUGGCGGUGGCAGAGGCCGCGGGUGGUAAGAAGGGCUCACCACCCGAUGAGAAUUGA